CUCUGUGUCUUCCGUAUUUGACCUGAAAAAGUCUACAGCACUCGCAAAAAACGUGUCCGCUUCGGUAUCUCUCUCAUCUUCAAUUACUAAAGAAAUUAGAUCUAGGGUUUCUGCUUGCAAGUGACCGAAAUGGAUGCCUUAGAUAACGUGUUUGAUCCUCUCAGAGAUUUCGCCAAGGACAGUGUCCGCCUCGUUAAGAGGUGCCACAAACCCGAUCGCAAAGAAUUCACGAAGGUCGCGUUCCGUACUGCAAUCGGUUUCGUGGUGAUGGGAUUCGUCGGAUUCUUCGUGAAGCUGAUCUUUAUCCCGAUCAACAACAUCAUCGUCGGUUCUGGUUGAAGCUUCCGGGAUUAUCAACAAUUCUACAGGAUGAAAGUUGUUCAAAGAGCUUGUCUUUAAAGAGGAAUGCUUAGCAUUUAGCUCUGUUUUAGGUUCCUUUUUUGAUAUGUAUGCAAUACUUGAGUAAAACAGGAAAUUAUGAAUUAAAUUGAGGAUUUUGGUUCA